AGCUCAUUUUGCUCUUCUCAAACCUCAACGUACUACAAUGAAACUGCAGGUCACUUAAAUAUAAUGAAAUUUAAUAUUUGUACAACAACCUGAAAGACUCCUGGCCAGUGAUGUAGUUGAAUUAGCCCUGAAUAGACUCUAGCUCCAAAGAAUGCCUCCAAAUAACCGUUACCGAGUACGCGGUCCGCGGAAUCCAUAUAGAUGCGCUUCCUUGUCGGUUACAGCAUGGUCAUCCGCAUUGUGUGGACUCGCUUGGACGUCACAUCUAGUAUUAAGGCUCAAUAUCUUGAAUUUGCCCGACUCUUUUCUCCCAGCUUCCUUCUUUGGAUGCUGAAGAAACGAAGGGAAGGAAUGAAAUAGAAAUCGUUUGCGCUGCUCUAAAGGUAACGACAGCUAGUGCCAUCAACCACUUGGCCUUGACAAGCUUUGCUGCAAUCAAUGAAGAGGAAUGGCAGAAACGAUACCUCCAAGUAUCGACUGGUGCAGCUGGAGUGACUCGAUCACCUCAACAAGAUGUUCAUCAAGAUGUUGCAACAUCUCCAUCUUCUACGUCGUCCUCCUUCGGAGCUUCUCUCAGCAGUGUUUUGUUUCGAAAACCCAAUAAAGGUGGAACAGCAUUUUUGCAGAGGUCUACACAGUCACAGCAAACGCAGACCGAGUCCUCUGGGUCUGCGGUACUAAAAAAGGCAUCUACGGCGUCUGUGAAGGCUUCGCCUCUGACGCCCAGCUCGAACACAUCCGCGCUAACGACGGUCUACACGACUCCUUUCAGUUAUGCAUCACAUUUUUUUCAACGCAUUCUUUUUGCAAUUUCAAUCACUUUUUGAUGGAACUCUUCACGCUCUGAGACACGGAUCACAUACUGUGAUCCACAAGCGCGAAUUCGGUAAAAACAACUAUUCUUCUAUCAUGAUUAGGAUAUCAAAACAAAGCUAUUUGUUUUUGUUGUAUUUGCUCCCUGUAGUAGCUGUAGUCCCCGUCCCUCCUUCUGCACUCAUCACCCUCCUCCGGCCCCCACGAGGCUCUUCUCUAAAGCAUUGGUUAUUUCGAUCCGUUGCUUCAGACGAAUUAUGUCGAUCCUGCUACGGGUGGCCAGAAAGCCAUUUGGAAGUGGUACCCCAGUGUCGAUCAAGCGGAGGGCACCCAGUAUUGUAGUGGCGAUCUACUGAAGCAUGCUAAUGUUAUGUAAUAUCUGGUACACUUCUUCCACCGUUCUUUGCAGAUAAAACGAGAACAAAGGCAGUGAAUUUAGAUGUCAGAAGCACUCUAAGGACAUGAUUUCGUUUUCCCUUUGCUUACUGAAGCACUCUUUUCCCUUUCUUCAUACACCGCACAGUCGCUUGGAUUGAGCGAAAUGAGCCUUCGUGCAUAGCAGCCACGCGUUUCAAAGGAGGACCCCCUGCGUGUCGGUUUGACUUUGCCAAACAAAAAUGUCGACCAAUCCCAAGCAGUUGCAUCAAUCGACAGGUACUUACAUGUUUAUUCUAAUGCAGUUUAGCUACUUUGGUAAUCCUCGAUCCACAUGAUGCAUCAACAAGAAAGAUAAACAAUUUGAACCAUUUUUGUAUAUUCACCAUAUUGACGAUCUAAAGAAGAAGAACCACAGCACUAUAUCUACUUUCACGUCUACUUCUACAUCUCCUCCUCUAUCAUGAUAACUUAACAUCUCCAUCAAAUUUGACUUUAUCUUUCACCUGAUCCUCCAGGCCACGUACGCCUGCAGUGUCUGGGCACAUUGUGCUGUGGAUACCCUAACAAACGCUUGUGUGAUCAACCGAGACCUGCGAUCCAUGGACAGUAUGGAGCUGAAAGCGGAGGCUUAUCGUGCGAAGGCUAUCUUAUGACAACAGGCGGACGACACCCACAUUUUUUGCCCCUGGUUUCUCAUUCUUGUGCAUCAAGUAGUCACCAGAGGAUGAACAGAGAUUGAUUUUCAACAGAUAUAGUAUAGUGAUUUUUCUCGCAAUCAGAUCGUCAGAAACAAACUUUCUGGGAAUGUGUCAUAACAACUUUGGGCUCAACCUCAAUGUGUCACCAAAACGAUUCACGUUUUGCUUUUGACGACUCGCGAUAUUGUAAUUAUCUCUAAUCUUCGCUCUGCGUGACUCUGCAUAUGCUUUACAAGGUCUCACGCCUUCCGGAAUUCCGAUUAACGCGGUGCCACCCCAACAAUAUCUGCCGUUGCAGAACCAAGACAAGAGGAAAACAGGCGUUCAGAUGGUGUACAAUCAGGAGGAUGCGAAGAAACAAGUAGUUGUGCCGACUAGGUAGGGAAUAACUGGAUUGGGGAGGUUGGGGGCCGCUGUACGGGUCUAGUUGAAAUAUCAAAAAAUAGUGAAAAUGAAAGAACAGGAAAGUUCUUACUGAAGACAGAAAAGAACCAAAAUCAGGUUCGCAAUGAAACAUGCGCGACAUAUUCUUGUAUGCCUAAGCAGUAUUGAAUAAUGUCGAUUUUUUUUUGCUUUGAAUGGUCUUCAGUAGGUUGGUCGGAGAUCAUGUAGAAAUAGACGGAAACGUAGUAACUGCAACAGGAGUAGGAGCAUAUUACGAAUAAGGAGAUAACAUAAACACUACCAAGUAGUUCGAAAUCUUUAUAUACAAAAAGAUAAGUCGUUUCCCUAGUUCGUUGUAGCAUCACGAAGCAAGUCUCUCGUCCGCGCCAGAAUCCAUAGAUGACUUUGUUAUUGUUAAGUUUCACCGUUUAUUAUCACUAGAAUGACGAUGUUGACUAGUUCGUAAGAAACAUGUUUAUUUGUAGUUAGUAAGAAAAUGAACACUGAGUAGCGAUUCGAAUUUCCGUAACAUCAACGCGAAAAAUAGAGCUUACAAUAACCGAGGAUGUAUAUGAAUAGCUCUAAGGAAGAGGAAUUGUACUAGUAGAAGGAGCAGUACUUGUUGAUUUUUUGAGCAACUUUGUGACCAUAUCAUAAGCCGUUUUGUCAUAACCCAGCUUGCCUACCUCCAUAGGAUGCUGAUCCAGCAGUCUCAUUUGAUUCUUUUUUUCUGAAAAUAUAGAAGGUCAGGCCUCACCAACAGAAAUGCUGUGAACAUCACAAAUACAGUCUUUGAAUUCUUUCCACCAAAACAUUUGCAUACUAGUGCCAUUCGCAUUCCUCGUGAACAAGAGGUGUCAGUCCUACGUUUGAUGUCGCCUGUGCCUAAGAGCCCGAAAUUUCCUACUAAAGUUAUGG